CGAAAUCUGAGCGGAAAAGUUUGAAUAGUGCAAACCGAAGUGAUCCCAGCAGUAGAGAGGGUGUGAUAAUAGAUCCCUCCUCGCGUUAUCAAAAAAAGAAAAAAAUAAAUAAAAAUAAACUAUUAACCGAAUCGUGUUCCACUAAUUGAUAACAGAGUCCAGCAUAAAAUUUAUAUUUUAUUCGAAUAUGCUAAUUUGAAAUUUCAUAAGCAAUUCCGAAAUAUAUUUACAUAGCUUUAGCUUUUUGCAGAUAUCACACACACCCCAGCACACACACACACAGAUAUUAAAGUUCAACGGCAUUACAAACAAAUUAAUUAAUUUGUUUAUUUGGCACAUUAAUUGCUCGCAUACGAGUCGCGUGUGAAUAGAUAUUUGAUAAAAAAAAAUAUAAAAAAAUAACUGUAAGAAAGACUAUACCUAUAUAGACAUAUAGCUAAGUAAUCCACCCAGAUCGGCGACAAAAUGAACGACCGUGAAUUUGGCGCGGGCGGCCAGUUUAUGGAUCGCGGACGGAUGAAUCAGAAUGGCGUUGUCCAGCCAUUGCUAACCGAUUUAUAUCAAAUAACAAUGGCAUAUGCAUAUUGGAAAUCGGACAAGACCGAUGACACAGCGGUAUUCGAUCUAUUCUUUCGCAACAAUCCAUUCCACGGUGAAUUCACAAUUUUUGCCGGCCUCGAGGAGUGCCUCAAAUUCCUGGAUAGCUUCCAUUAUUCCCAAAGCGAUAUUGAAUAUCUAAAACAAACGCUGCCCGAAGGCAUUGAAAAUGAGUUUUUCGAGUACCUGGGUAAUCUGACGGCGCGGGAUGUCACCUUGUUUGCCAUUGAUGAGGGCACAGUAGCUUUUCCACGAGUUCCCAUUAUUAAAAUUGAGGGCCCACUGAUCAUAGUCCAGUUGCUGGAGACGACUCUUCUCACCUUGGUUAACUAUGCCAGCUUAAUGGCAACGAAUGCAGCCAGAUAUCGCAUGGUUGCUGGAAAACAUGUCAAACUAUUGGAAUUUGGACUGCGUCGAGCCCAGGGCCCAGACGGUGGCCUAUCCGCAUCGAAGUAUUCGUACACAGGUGGUUUUGAUGGCACCUCCAAUGUCCUGGCUGGCAAGCUCUUCAAUAUCCCUGUCAAGGGCACCCAUGCCCAUGCCUAUAUCACCAGUUUCAGCAGCGUGGGAGAACUCAAGACCCGUCUCAUCAAGCACAAGCAAACUGGAAUCAUGGAGGAUCUAUUGGAGAGAGCUAUCCAUCAUCGGCAAAUGCUAUCGCACGUCCUGGAUGUGUCCACCGAGGAGUCGAGUGAGGGCGAAUUGGCGGCCAUGGUGUCCUAUGCCAUUGCCUUCCCUGACGGAUUCAUGGCACUUGUCGAUACGUACGAUGUUAAGAGCCGAGAGACAGAACAAGCCCGCACAGAAACCAAUCUAAUCAAUGAUAUCAAGUCUGAGAAUAGUCCGCCAAAAAUAAAGCCAAACGUAAAUGGCCUUAAGAAUGGUCAGAGAAAGAACGGUCAAGUGAAUGAGCACAAGGCCAAUGGGCAACAGAAUGGUGUAUCUCAAAACGGCACUAAAGAUAUGCCAAAAGAUAUAGAUCUAAAAGAUACAAAAUCGAGAACAACGACAGCAACAGCCACUGAGACCACAACUACCACAGCCACGUCCAAUGGGACGGCAUACCUUCCAAAAUAUGUCGAGAAGUCAUUCAGGAGUGGCUUGCUGAAUUUCAGUGCCGUGGCCUUGGCUCUCAAUGAUUUGGGAUAUCAUGCCUUGGGCAUAAGGAUCGAUUCCGGGGAUCUGGCCUAUUUGUCCUGCCUGGCGCGGGAAACAUUCGAGAAGGUGGCGGAACGCUUCAAAGUUCCAUGGUUCAAUAAGCUGACCAUUGUGGCUUCGAAUGACAUCAACGAGGAUACCAUUCUGAGUUUGAACGAGCAGGGUCACAAAAUAGAUUGCUUUGGCAUUGGUACACAUUUGGUGACUUGUCAGCGCCAGCCCGCCCUGGGCUGUGUCUACAAGCUGGUGGAGAUCAAUGGCCAGCCCAGGAUCAAGCUGAGCCAGGAUGUGGAAAAGGUCACCAUGCCGGGCAACAAGAAUGCCUAUCGCUUAUAUAGUGCCGAUGGUCAUGCUUUGAUCGAUCUGCUGCAGAAGGUAUCGGAGCCGCCACCAGCAGUGGGCCAAAAGGUCCUUUGCCGCCAUCCGUUCCAGGAAUCGAAACGAGCCUACGUUAUACCCUCGCAUGUGGAAUCCCUGUACAAGGUGUACUGGAAAUCGGGAAAGAUUUGCCAACAAUUGCCGACCUUGGAACAAGUGCGCGAAAAAGUGCAAAUUUCACUGAAGACCCUUCGGAACGAUCACAAGCGAACGCUGAAUCCAACGCCCUAUAAGGUGGCUGUCAGCGAUAAUCUGUACAACUUCAUUCACGAUCUGUGGCUCCAAAAUGCUCCCAUCGGCGAGCUAUCAUGAUCUAUAUAAUAAGGAUCUCACGAUCAAACUGAAGAUGCGCGAAAACAUUUCCGAGAAAUUUACAUAUUAUACAUUUUUUUGGUGUACUACUUACGUUUGUCCACGAUCUGUGAAUCGUGGCAUAAUAAUUAUUUAGUCAUUUGCUGGUCAUAUGCAUUGUAUAAUUGGAAUUUUGAUUUUUCUCAUUGGAGUUUCCACCCUCUUCGAAAAUACCUAGAGCACAAAUUCUGAGGCGAACCUGGAAGCGAAUUUUGAAAACAUUGUGUAGUCAAUAGUUUUAGUGUGUUAUACUUAAUACUACUUAAUUACUAUAUACAAAACGCACAUCAUAUUCAGGAAUGUGUCAUGUGCCUUAAACGAAAGCAGAGAUCCGAAAACGAAACCGGAACCGGAAACGAACGAACAAGAAGAUGAUACCCAAAAUCAACCAGUAACUAAGAUCAACCAAAUAAUAAAAAAAAGUGGAGGAGAAUUGUAAUAGAAUUCAAACAAAAGAUGUAUUUAAUAUUUUUGUAGUACUUAAGUGUUGAAAUGUUGCUAACAAAUGAGUAAACAUAACGAAAGCUAGAAGUACAAAUGCUUUUUAGGACAUUUGCUUGCAAUAGGGCACACGCAUCAAGCACACACCUAACUAUAUAUAUAUAUAUAAAUAUUUUAUUAUCUAUAAAUUACGUUUAUGUAUUUAACUAAAUUCAAUUGUAAAUAUGUUCAACUUGAUUAUUGUAAGGCAAUUAAGCAAUAUACCAUCCAACACAACACACACCGCCACUUCUAAAUGACCGCUUCAAAUAAUUGUUGCCUGUAGUUUUUGAUCGAAAAUAAAAAGUCAAAGAAACCAGGAA